AUGGAUCAACGCCUGUUUUAUUAUAUCCUCCCCUUUUUCUCAUUUCUCCCUCUUUUGUUUCUUUCCAAAUUCUUUCUGCAACGACAAAGAAAUCCGAAAAAUCUCCCUCCAAGCCCUGCUUCUUUCCCAAUAAUCGGCCAUUUCCAUCUUAUUAAACACUCCUUACAUCGAUCAUUACAAAAGCUUAGUAUAAAAUACGGUCCUGUUUUCACCCUCCAAUUCGGGUCACGCCUUGUUCUUGUUCUUUCCUCACCAUUCGUGGUCGAACAAUGCUUUACACAAUGUGGUAAUUUCUUGAAAGACCGCGGCCUUUUUUUUAUCAACGAAAAGAACAAAAAAUACGAUUAUACCUCCAUGAUCGUAGCCCCUUAUGGCCCAUAUUGGCAAAAGCUUCGUCGCAUCACAACCUUAGAACUCUUUUCAAUCACCCGGCUCAAUACUUAUUCUAACGUUCGACAAGAUGAAAUCCAAUCGUUAAUCAAGACUUUAUUACUAGGAAUUGUUCAUGAUAAAUAUACAAAAGUGGGAUUAAGGCCAAGGUUACAAGAUUUGUCAUUUAACAUCAUUAUGAGAAUAGUUUCGGGCAAAAGAAACUUCGAUCCUGAACUAAAUUCUUUGAUGGAAAUUCUUGAUUUUCGAGAGAUGAUUAAGGAGAUCAUGAAGGGUCGUCGUAAUGUGAAGUAUCGAACGGAUAUUUUACCAUUUUUACAGUGGAUGGAUUUUCAUGGUAUGAAGAUGACAUUGUUGAGAUUAAAGGCUAAAAAAGAUGCAUUAUCAAAAGAUUUGGUGGAUGAAUAUAGGAAAAAAGAUGGAGUAUCUAACAAGGAAAUGAUUGAUGCCAUUAUGCUUUCUUUGCAAGAAUCAAAUCUAGUGAAUUACUCUGAUCAAAUACUCAAGGGGAUUAUGUUGACACUACUACUUGUGGGUACGGAUAACUCAGCAGCAACAAUAGAAUGGGCUAUGUCGUUUCUCUUGAACCACCCUCACAUUCUACAGAAAGCUCGAGCAGAAAUCGAUGAACAUGUAGGACAAGACCAUUUGGUAGACGAAACAGAUCUUUGUAAGCUAAAAUACUUACAAAACAUAGUUAACGAGACACUUAGAUUAUUUCCCACAACACCACUUUUCGUGCCACACGAGUCCUCCACAAGUUGCACCAUAGGAGGCUACUAUGUACCUAACGGAACGAUGCUAUUGGUGAACACUUGGGCUAUACAUAGGGACCCAACAGUGUGGGACGAUCCUACAAGUUUCAAACCGGAAAGGUUUGAAAGGCAAGUUGGUGAAGGAUAUAAUUACAUGCCAUUUGGGAUGGGUAAGAGGCAAUGUUCUGGAGCUGGGCUUGCUAAUAGAGUGAUUGGUAUGGCUUUAGGUUCAUUGAUUCAAUGUUUUGAGUGGAAACGGGUUAGUGAAAAGUUAGUUGACUUGAAUGAAGCUAAAGGGUUAGUUAUGCAAAAGAGUAAGCCAUUAGAGGCUAUGUGUAAAGCAAGAGAAUGUAUGUUUAAUGUUCUAUCAAAAGUGUUAGCUGCUUCAUAA